GGCCUUAGGAUCCAGGAUGGGUUAAGCUGACGCUGAUCACUGAUCAGCGGCUGAUAUACAUGGCCAGGGUGAGCAGUGCGCAGUUAGAACAGGCAAGUGCAUAUGAAUUUGUAUCAAACAAAUUUUAUCCUGCCCCUAAUGUCUGAUCCAUGUUGGAACGGGGGUCAAAUAUCGUACUGGCAUUUUUACAUGCGGAGCUCCAUCGUACUCUAUGUUGCAAUGAGCCUCGCAAUGGCGACAGUCAUUGCCAACAUCGCGCACGAUGUGUACCAUCAUUUGUGGAGAGAUGCGGAUCGCACGAGAGUUCUCAUGUCUUCGUUGAGAGGACUGGGAUGGGCUCGGGGAAUUUUUUUGUUCGUUAGGCGGAGGUUUGACUGGUUCACUGGAAGGGCGGGAGACGGUCCGACGAACGAAGAAAGAAUGAACGGACGACAGAGAAUGGUGUUGGUGGCUCUCUCAUCACUAUGCGCGUUUGCGAAAUGUUCGUUGGUGUACAAUAUAUUCGUGCAACAGAUGAAAUGCACUCACCCAUCUUGAAAGGUGCAUCAACUUGGAUUAGUUUAUCUGUAGCCAUUGUCCGGUACUUCUGCUCAAUUAGGUUAUGAUAUAGGUCUUUAUCUUU